CGGAGCCGGCGGGCGGCGCAGCGGGAGCCGAGCGGGGCCCCCGGCGGGCCCGGGCCAUGGAGAGCCCCAUCAGCAGCAGCUCCCUGCGCGGCGAGAUCGGCUUCUGGGCUGAUCGAACACCAGUGCAUGAAGCAGCCCGGAGGGGUGAGACCCUGCAGCUGCAGCAGCUGAUAGAGAGCGGAGCUUGCGUCAACGCCGUCACCUACGACUCCAUCACCCCGCUGCACGAGGCCAGCCUGCGGGGACAGACGCAGUGUGUCGAGCUCCUGCUGGCUGCAGGGGCACAGGUGGACGCCAGGAACAUUGAUGGCAGCACUCCGCUCUGCGACGCCUGUGCCUCGGGUAGCAUAGAGUGUGUCAAAGUGCUGCUGUCCCAUGGGGCCAAGGUGAACCCUCCCCUCUACACAGCAUCUCCUCUCCACGAAGCCUGCAUGAAUGGUAGCUCAGAGUGUGUGCAGCUCCUCAUCGACGUGGGCGCGAACUUGGAGGCUCAUGACUGCCACUUUGGGACUCCUCUGCAUGUGGCCUGUGCCAGGGAGCACCUGGACUGUGCAAAGCUGCUGCUCAAAGCAGGGGCAAAUGUGAAUGCUGCUAAACUGCAUGAGACAGCUCUCCACCAUGCAGCAAAGGUGAAGAAUGUAGACCUGGUGGAGAUGCUGAUUGAGUUUGGGGGCAACAUUUAUGCCAGGGACAACCGAGGGAAGAAGCCGUCGGACUACACCUGGAGCAGCAGCCCCACAGCAAAGUGCUUUGAGUACUAUGAAAAAACCCCUCUGAGCCUCUCCCAGCUGUGCAGAGUGACAGUGAGGAAGGCUGCGGGGCAGCGAGCACUGGAGAAGAUCGCCAAGCUCAACAUGCCCCCACGACUCAUCCAGUACCUCUCCUACAACUGACUGGGCUGAAGGUGACCUUUGGCUCCUGCACCAUGAAGUAUUUGUCUCUUUUAUCUUCUACCUCCCCCCACCCUUCCCCUAGCUCUACCUUUAAUUUAAGCUAAUUGUAAUUUAAGCAGCCUGGUGUAAAUAGUUUGUUUCUGAGGCAGCACUUCCUCUUCUCCACGGGCUCACAAGAUGUGUUGUCAGGAAGGUGUCACCUCUCCUGGGGUCAUCUGUUGGUCAAGGCUGUAGCCCUUGCUCUUUGAGCAGGAUUAAUCCUGCCUAAUUUUACCUGUCUCUGGCUGCAAGGCGUUUCCAUUAAGCUAGCCAAGUUUCCUUUGCUGUCAGUGAAGAGAAAUAGAUACUCCUGGAGGCAUGAUUCAUCUCUCCUGUUUUUAGAUGGUACAGUGUGCCUCAGGAGCACCUGCCUGCUCUGGCUGCAAAGGGACUUGGAGGUGACACCUUCAGAUAUGGACAUUUGUGUCUUUGCAGUGGGAGCUCCCAGGCCUUUGUUCAUCAUUUGAGUGAGCGCUGCCUAAUGCCAAGCUCGAGAGACCUGCUGGAGGCAGGUUCAGUCUCCAGCAAGCUCAGGACUAGUUAGAGGCACUGCAGCAGGAACAUCAGCUGGCUUUGGCUCAACACCAGCAGUGAGGACAAGCUGCUGCCAGAUCAGGGUUGACUUUGCCUGUGCUCUUUCCUUGCUGAGUCUGAGCCAGCUCUUACUGUAGGGUUCCUCUAGGAGGUCACAGAGCACUGGCACAGGCUUCCCAGAGAGGUUGUGGAGUCUCCAUCCCUGGAGACAUUCAAGGCCUGUCUGGAUGUGUUCCUCUGUGGUCUAUUAGAUAGUAUUGUCCUGCUCCAGCAGGACUGGAUGAUCUCUUUGGGUCCCUUCCAGCCCCUAACAUCCUGUGAGCCUGUGAUCUAUCACUGUGUCCCAUUUGCAAGCCUAAGCAGGAAGCAGAUCUCUCUGCACAUCCCAGAAUGCUUCCCUCCAGAUGGCUGGUCCCAAACACUGUUUCUCCACUUUCCUCUGAGCCACUGUGGCCACUCUGUUGGUUUUAUGUGCAAUAGGUGGCAGUGCUGCUGCCCAAUGAUGUAGCACAUCGAGGCCGUGUCCCUCGUGUCAUGGUCCAGCAGAUCCCUCUGGUGUGAACCCACACAUGAAAGGCAAUAGAAGGCCUGGGCUCUGCCUCAGGGUUUUGAGAUGUUUGGGUUGAUUUUUCCCACUCUUGAGUUUCUCUCCCUGCUGGAGCCUCUCCAGAGGUUGGCAGCUGGAGCCAGCCCUGAGUUGUGUGCUGAUGAGUACUGUGCUCGAAUCUUUUGGCAGGUCCAACUGUGGCUUUGUCCCUUUGGCACCUUCAGGGUGACAUUGGCAUGAGCAGAGCCAAAAUUAUCACCUGCCCUCCAGAUGAGACAUUGGGUCUGGUCUGAAGGCAGUGCCCUAUUGUCUGAAGGUGGUGACUGUUGUCUGAAGGCAGUGACCUACAGCAUUAGGUGGUUCUAAGGGGACAGAGCUCCCUGGUGCCCCCCAUGGCAACUCACAGCACCACGAUAAGAGCAAAUUCCUCCUCUGCAUGACAGCAAAGGUUCCAGAAUCCACUGUCUGAUGUGACAUCAAGCUAACUCAGGGCUCUCAACCAUCCUUCAUGCUGUGAACUAACAACUGAGGAUGAGCAGUUACUUGCCUGGCAAGACCUCGUGCCCCUCCAGCCAGCACCGUGGAGCUCAGCCUCAGCAGGGAGUAGGCAAAGAGCUUAAGCCCAGGGCUUAAGAGCUGAAGUGGAACUGAAUGCACUUUUCAUGGUGACCAGCACACCACUUUGCUCUCUGAUUUUCACUUGGAUUUGUUCCCCCUCACCCCUUUGUGGUUGUUUUUCUUUUGCUCUGGCGUACCCUAAGGAGAUGGAGAGAAUAAAGUUGGGGGGUCCUGCUCUUUGGAGCUUUGUCUCUUUAUAAUCCUGAUGUUUGUCUCUGCAAUAUCAGAAAUGUGAAGUAACCAAGAAGCUCAGGGAAGCCCUAAAGAUGUUUAUUGUGGGGAUUCCUCCCAGUGACAGACAGGGUAAAGGUUUUGUCUUGUGUCUUUCAAGAAGAGCUUCCCCUGCCCGACCUGCAUGUCCCUACAGACAAAUAUGUAUUGGGAAGGUGGUGGCCUGGGGGUGAAAUCCACCCCUCUUGGUUCACAUCCCUUGGUGGGUCACUUGCCUAAGCUGCUGACAUAGCAAAAUGGUGAAGUUUCCAAUGUUUAAAGGUUCCUCAGCCAACCAAGAAUAAAGCAACAAGUUCCUCUUCCUGGUA